GUCAAAUGUCAAAAGGUGAGUUUAUUUUUUUUGGUAGCAAGUGUGAAUGUAGAUUUUUAGAAUGAGAAUGAUAUGAACUUAAAAAUGUAAAUUUUUCUCACUUUAAAUAAAUAAUUCAAAGUUUAGUUUGAUCAAAAACAAUCAAAAUGGUUAGUAAAAGGCGUCCAAUUCACGCAACAAAUUUAAAUUUUCGACCGAACAUGAAUAACCUAAACAAUAGCAGUGAUCCAAAUCCAAAAGGUACUAAACCAACAACCGAUCCUACUUCUGUGAAGGAAAUUCUUGUGUUAAUGGUUUUGCAUAUUUGUAAAAAGUCAUUAUUUUUUGACACUAAUUUAAAAGUGGGAAUAUAUUUAGCAUGCCUUUUCCUUAUAUCUCUAAUAGCUGAUGUGUUAAUGAUCCCAAAAACUUACCUCUCACGAUCUGAUAACCUGUUUAACAAGGUAUUUGUCAAAUUUGCAUGGGGAUGGAAUUUAACAUUGUUAGUCCCGUUUGUUGUCCUCACGUCUUUAAUUUAUUGCUGUGGAAACAAGGAAAAGAUUAUCAAGCAGCAUUUACCUAGAUUAGGUAUAGCUACAUUUUUUUGGUGGUUCUGGACGUCUCUUUUCAAUUUUGUUGAAGCAUCUUUUGGUCGAUGUGCAAGUGUCAAUUAUUCUACAAAAAGUUUAUGUCUUCGAGAGGGCCAUGUAUGGAAUGGCUUUGAUCUAUCUGGACAUUCAUUUAUAUUAAUUUAUGGAAGUUUACUUCUUAUAGAAGAAGCUCGGUGCAUAGUUAAUUGGGAUAGCAUUAAAGAAUAUAUAAGAUUGGAAGAACAUCAACGACAAACCAAAGAAGUAGUUGAAAAACCAAAUCCCUUGAGGAAUCUAACAAGCACUGAACUAAAAGAUAUUAAGCAUAAUUAUGAAAAGUUUACACCUUAUAUUAGGAUGUUAUGUAUUUUAAUUGCAAUUGUUCAAAUAUUGUGGGAUGUGAUGUUGUUUUCAACCAUGCUUUAUUAUCAUAUUAUGGUAGAAAAGUUUCUUGGAGGAGCAUGCGCCAUUUUAACAUGGUUUUUCACAUAUCGUGUAUGGUAUACUAACUUGUCUCUCUUGCCAAAACUUCCAGGGGAUGGAAGUUUUAAAUAUAUUAAAAGUACAAAAGCAAACCAACCAGCUACAUCUGUCAAACCCAGAAGAAAAGAAAGUUUAAUAGACCAGGGGCCAUUAUUUAUGGGUAGACCAAUUUAUGCCAAUUUAAAACCUGAUGAGGGAGCCUCAGCAUCAAGAUAGCA